AUGCAGAGAGAGGGAAGAGCUAGACAAGUGGAAGCGGCCUUUGCGGUGCCUCACAGGCCGUUCGGAAUGGGAUCAAGUAAGGAAGUAGCAGCGAGCUUUGCGGAACCUCGGAGGCCGUUUGGAGAGGGAUCAAGUAGGGCUGUGACAGAAUCAAUAGACGAUGCAGGUGCAGGAUCAGAGGCCAUAAAGCUAGUGUCAGCCGCACUGGUAGGAGGGGAAGGAGGAGGGGGAGGAGGAGGAGGAGGGGGAGGAGGAGGAGGAGGAGGAGGAGGAGGAGGAGGAGGAGGAGGAGGAGGAGGAGGAGGAGGAGGACGGGGAAGAGAAGGAGUCAUAGGAUUAGGAGCAGACACAUCAGCAGGCAGUGAUAGCGGGAGCAAAGCAGGAGGAGUAUACAUUCCUGAAAGAAGCUCCACUGUAAGCUGUAGUAGCUCGAGCUUUGCCGCCCCUUCCUCCUCCUCCGCCCCUUCCAUAUCUGUGAAUUCCACCUCUGCCAGUUCUGCCUCUGCCUCCUCCGCCUCUCUCUCUGCCCUCCCAUCCACCUUUGCUGAUAUUUCCAUCCCUGAAGCUGCACUCACCAGCAGUCGUCUCCAUGCCAUCCCCCCCACUCACACCUCAGAAGACAAUCCUGUGUUUAGUAACGCAACCAUGGAUCGCCUCUCAAUACUGCCAGGGAAUCUGCCAAGUGCCGCGGUGAUUGGAAAGGGGUUGCUUGGACAUGAAGCACUUGGAGCAGAUCUGGGCAGGUUUGAGGAGAUGGUGUUUGAGGAGAUGGGGUUUGAUGAAAUGGGGUUUGAGGAGAUGGGGUUUGAAGGCUUGACAGAAGGUGAGAGGGAGUGGACCUCUGAUCUUGCGGAGCAGUUUGCUCAGCAGCUGGGGCGGAUAGAAGAAACCGAUGGGGCUGGAGGGAUUGGGGUUGGUGUUACAGCAGGGAGGGAGGGAGUGGAAGAACGGGAGAUGACUUCAGAGGAAGAAAGCAGUGGAAGCAGAGAGACUGCUGGUGGGGAAGGAGUGAUGGAGGAGGAAGGAGGCGCAGGGGAGACGAGGACGGGAAUGGAUGAGCGUUUGGCGAUGGAAAUGGGGCCUUCUGAUCGAUACUUCCAGCUGCCUAGCUCUGAGGAUUCGCCUCACGAAAGCAGACAGCAAGGAGGCGGGACAAUCUCUGUGGGUGAAAAAGGCCGUGGCGGUCAACAGGGUCAACAGGGUCAACAGGGCGGAGGGGCAGGUGUGGUGGUGGGUGUGGCAGCAGGGGCAGGGGGUUCAUCCUCUCAUGCAGGCACGGAGCAGAGUCUUUCUCCAGUACGAACCACAGCACAGGCAGCAGGGCAGCACGCAUUGCCAGCAGGGCAGCACGCAGUAACAGGGGCACAAGUGUUGGAAGGGCAGCAAGCGUUGGCUAGGCCGCAAACAGCAGGGCUGCCAGUCCCAAGCGAACCACAAACGGUUUCAUGGGGUUUCAGUGUGGAUGUGUCUGGGGGAUUCAUGACCCCUGGUGAGGAUGGUUCUCUGAAAGAAGCGAAGGAGGAGGUGGAGGUUCCCAGCAUGGCAGGUUCGGCUUCAAGUGUGCUUCCUAGCUGGCAUGCUGAUAUGAUGCAGUAUGCUGCUGGCAUGAUGUCCGCGUUUGCGCCGUAUCAGAGGGAUGAUCAUGGCAUGCGUACUUCAGCCCCUGAUACCCUGCCAUGUGUGGGCAACAUAGGUGGUGUGGGUGGUGGGAGCGGUGCUAGUGGUGCUGGCAUUGCUGGUGGUGUGGUUGGUGUCGGUCCAUUGGAUGGUGUCCCUGCUGCUGAUGCUGGCACCAAUGUGGCUAGUGGGAAUGGCUUGAAUACUACCAGUGCUGCCGGUGUUGCUGGUGGCGCUGCUGGUGUUGCACCUGUUGCUGGUGUGGCUGGUGUCUCUGGUGUUGCUGCUCGUCCUGAUGUGUCGGCGUUGGCACCCUCCCCAGCCACCUCUUUUGAGCCGAAUUCAACUAUCCCUGUGCACAGAGGAUCUCCCUGGAGCAAGAUGCCUCAAAGGGAACCAGCAGCUACGGGACAGGUGGUGGAACCCUUAACCCUGGUAGCAGUGGUGGAGAUGUAG